CGGCCGCUUCCGCCGGCCCCGCCGCCCCUGGAGCCGCGGUCCCGGCCGAGUCCCGCUGCUCCGGAGCCGCCCCGCGCCGGGCGCCCCGGCGCUGACCUCCCGCCAGGUCAGCCCUGCCCGUUCCUCCGGAUUAGCGCGGGCGCGGCCUAAGCCUCUUUCCUCCCACCGCCCCCGGCCAUGGCCCAGCAUGGAGGACGGCGGCCGUGAGCGGCGCGGCGCGGAGCCCUGCCCGCAGGUCCCUGUCCGCGAUGUCGCCGGCGCCGGCGGCCUCGUCCCGCUGCUGCUGCCGGCCCUGCCCGGGGACGGGGCUCCCCGCGGGGCACCCCCGGAGCCAGGCAGCAGCACCGGGGGGCCCCUGUCCCGCUCCCUGCGGAAGGCCGAGGCGAUGCUGCGCGGCUGCGUGAGCCCCGGUCUGCGGCGCCUGCUCCCCCCGCGGCCCCGGCGGCGCGGCCCCGGCAGCGAGGACGAGGAUGAGGACGAGGAUGAAGCGGAGGCCUCCGCGCUCCUGAUCCCGCUGGAGCGGAGCUUCCCGGGGCUGCGCCGCUGCCUCCGCGUCCGGGAGGAUCCGCGCACCGAGACCUUCCACGGCCACGUGCGGCCGCCUCCCGCCGACACCGACCCCGGCGCCGCCGUCACCACCGGCGCGGCCUUCUCGUUCCACCCGGUUCACCCACGCGUGGCCGAGCGCGGCGCGGCCCUGCACGCGUUGCUGCGGCACCGCCACCUCCUCUGCCUCGCCCGUGACUACACCCGGCGGCUCCACGCCGCCUCCCGCUUCCUCCGCCGGCUGCUGGCGCUGCUGCAGGAGCCGGUACCGGAGCCCGGAGCGGGGCCGCGGCUGCGGGAGCUGUUCCGGGAGCUGCGGGCGCACAGCGGGCACUGGAGCGCGCUGCGGCGGCGGCUGCGGGGGGACCCGUGGCUGCGGGCGCUGGUGCUGCAGCGGGGGGAGGCGGUGGCGCACAUGCGGCGGGCGCUGGUGCUGCAGGCGCUGCAGGCGCUGGGCCUGGCGGAGCUCCUCGCCGAGGCGCGGCUGCGGGCGCUGGCCCGGACCCCCGGUGCCGCCGCGGCCCUCCCGGCGCUGCUCUCCGACCUCUUCCAGGCCUUGGCCAUCUACAACCGGGCCGUGGCUGAGCUGGAGCCGGAGCUGGGCCCUUCCGCCGCCCGUCCCGGUGCUACCGGAGCCGCGUCCCGCACAUUCCCGGUGUCCCGGGUGCUGCGGGUCCUGGCAGCCGAGCGGGGCCGCCUGGCGGCCGAGCGGCUCCGGCCCUUCCUGCAGCCGCGGCCCGGGGCCGGUGCUGGUGGGGAUGAGCCCGUGCGCUCGGAGGGCACCGCGGUGCCCCGGUCACCGGAGCUCGGUUCCGCGGCGGAUGCGGGUCCCUGCCCCAUGGCGCUGCGGGCGCUGUGCAGGGAGGAUGAGGAGCUCCUGGGGCUCCUGCUCGGGGCCUCACCCGGCAGCCCCCAGCUCCACGGACCCAAGGACAAGCCCCAAGAGCCGGGCUCUGCCGCUUGGGCACCGGUACCGGGGGCCCAGGCCCUGCUCGCACGGUACCGGCCGCUGUUCUGGAGCGCCGUUAGCGCCGCGCUGGGGCACGGAGCGGAGCUGAGCGGCGCCAUCGGGGCCGGUGCGUGGGGACCGCGGAGGGGGCCGGUACCGGGGGUGCUCCCGCCCCGGGAGUACCGGGAGGAGCUGGAGCGGCUCAGCCGGAGGCUGCUGUGCUGGGGAGCGCUGCGGAGCUGGGACACAGGCUUCACCCGCGCGCUGGGCUCGGCUCUCUCCGACAGCUGCUGCGGGGCGGCGGAGCCGGGGUCGGGCGCGGUGCGGAGCCGCACAGCGGCGCUGCUGCAGCGCCUGUACCCGGGGCUGGCCCUGGCCCUGCGCUGCCUGCGCCCGCAGCCCGGGCACUGCGGGUCCUGCCCCACGGCUCAGCCCCCCCCGCCCCCGGAGCUGCCUGCGGGGCCCCCCUGCCUGCGCCUGCAGGUCCUGGGCUGCUGCGUGGCCACGCUGCAGGCGGCGCACGCGUGGCUCAGCGGCAGAGCCCGCAGGUACCUGGCGGCCUGGGCCCUGCCCCAGUUCCUGCUCCUCACCCAGGGGGACCUGCAGCUGCUGCGGAUGGAGACGGAGGAGCUGGUGCUGGUGCUGAACGGGCCCUUCCCGGAGCCGGGGGCUGCCUCCCCCCCGCUGCCCCCCCAGGAGCUGCAGCUCUGCCGGCUCAUCCGCGCCAUGGCCGCCAGCAUCCAGUUCCUUGCAGGGGAGGUGCUGAGCGUGUUCUCCGUGGGCUGCAAGCGGAUGGCGGCGCAGAUCUUCCACCGGACCAUGCCCCGGGGCAAGCACUGGAGGAGCCCCCUGCGGCCCGAGCUGCCCAGUGGCCCCAGUGCGUACGCAGCAGCAGCAGCGCAGGCGGUACUGGGGCAGGUGCUGCAGGGAGCGCGGCUGCUGCCCCGGGACGCGCAGGCCCCCGCCAUGGCCGGGGGCACCACGGCCUUCCUGGAGGCGUGGAUGGAGCACAUCCUGGAGCACCGCAUCCGCUUCAGCCUGCAGGGGGCGCUGCAGCUCCGGCAGGACUUGGAGCUGGUGCGGGAGCUCGUGGCCUCGGAGCGCUCCGGGCUGGCCCCGGAGGCCCGGCGGGAGCUGGCGGCCCUGGGCGCCUUCCAGCGGAUGGACGGAGCCAUCCGGUGCCUCCUGCAGCAGCCCGGAGCCACGGGCAGAGCCCGAGCACGGCCCUGGAACAGCCUCAGGCACUGCUGCUCGGACAACGGCUCCCGCCCCCCGGAGCCGGCAGCGGGGACCCCGCAGGGCCUGGACACGCUGGAGCCUCCGGUGCCGGUGCCGGUGCCUCCCUCCCCGUUCCCUGCCGGUGCCGCGGGGCCGGCGCGCUCCGGGGUGCCCGGGUCCUGCCCGUCGGGCCCGCAGCAGCAGCAGUGGCUGGCGCUGAGGCUGCACCGCGCUCGGCGGUGGCGGCUCCCGGGGCUCCCCUGCAUCCGCGACCCCUCCGGGCAAUAA